AUAUGGCGGACGAUGAGUGUGAUCAUUAGACUUUCAGCAGCCGGGUCUAGAUUUAAUGGACUGUUAGUGAUAUAGCCUCACAAUGAAUAACUUACGCGUCGAGGCUAUAGCUUCCUCGAUUGUUCGAGAAUAUCUCAGUCGAAAGGGUUUGAAAGGAACCCUUCAGUCUAUGGACGAGGAAAUGCCAAGGUCUGAUGCAUGUAUCAGUAACCGCCAGGCUUUGAUGAAGGAGUUACGAAUUGAAAAACUAAUGAAGAAGAAUAAGGAGAUGUUGGACCCUCUGCGAUCUAUGAUAGAAGUGGUAACUAAAUUCUUACUGGAGAGAUCUGAGGGAAACCUUGACCGACCAAUUAGCUCUAAGGCUCAUGGUCAUCAGGACCAUAGUCCGGAAGCACAAAACUCCCCAGGAACAGACAAACUGAACUUCAAGUUUUCCAGUGAGGCAAUGGCUGCUGCUUCAUCGAAGAGAAAGACAAUAGGAUCUGCUGCCAGUAGUGCAGCCCCGACUAAGACAGAGACUGGUGACCUUGUGAUAGAUGACAACCUGGAGAGUGAGACCGUUUUAGGAGAAGGAAAGUCUGGUGUCCUAGCCCAGGGUAGUUCUGAAGUCACUCCCUCCACACAAAAAACUCGUCCUCGCUCUUCUAAUAAACAUCGAGGUCUGUCCGGGCCUGUUACUAGUAAUCUGGAUGACAGACGGAGGACCCAGCGUUCGCGUCCUAUGUCAGGUGUAUCCAGGAAAGGAAGUAUUCCAUCCUCAUCUUCCACUGACAAGGAAUCGUCUUCAGUGAUAUCAAAUAACAAGGAACCUUUGUUAGUGACACCAAAAACUGACCUGGAAAGUAUAGAUACACUGAUCUCUAAGCCGAUAGAGCACCGUAAAUCUAUACAAAAUGUCUUAAAUGUUGAUACUCCUGUGAAAUCUGGGAAGAUGAGCCGUCGUCAGAACUCUUUUGAGAAGGAGGAGACUCACUAUAGUGUUGAUAAAUCAAGUAUCAGUAAAAAUUCGUCCUCACGGGAUUCACAGCCACAGAGUAGGCCUUCCUCUUUUAAAUCUACCUCAACCAAAGUUGGUGAUGUGGAGAUUGGAGAUGUGGAUGACCUUGACAAUGAAGUUUCAAACCUUGACCUUGGGCCGAGACUUCCUGUAGGACGACCAAUUCAAAACCUUGUGGCUGCUCGGCCUAUAACUCUACAGACAGCUGUUAAUCUGAAGACGAUCAUAUUUGGCCAUGCCAACCAGAACUUUAAUGAUGAGUGGCGGUACCAGAGCUUUACUUUCUGUGAUCUUCCUAGUCUCAAAUUCGGCAUUGUACAGAAAAAGGGUGGACCAUGUGGUGUAUUGGCAGCUGUUCAGGCCUGUGUCCUACGGGAGAUGCUGUUUGGUGACACUCCGGUACCAUUCAGUAGAUUCAGUGACCCCAGUAUAGACGAGCGUAGUGGCUGCCUGGCGACAGCUCUGGCACGAAUCUUCUGGAGGGCCGGUGAGAAUAAGACAGCAGUUGUAGUCCUUCCUUCAGGAAAACCUCAGUUCCAGACAGGGAAAGGGAAAUUUAAACAAGACGAUUUAACAGAAACGUUGAUGAUCAACCACUUUAAAACUCAUGCAGAACUGAAGAGUUUUGUCACCCAGAAUUUGAGUCAGUUUGAGCUGGAUGGUACAAGUGGAGUGAUUCUGGCUCUGUACUCAUGUAUCAUGUCCAGAUUUAUGGAUUUAGUAAGAAGUGAUAUGGAUGAACCAUCAGGUAAACUGAUGGGAGCCCAUGGAUACUGUACCCAGGACAUGGUGAAUCUGAUAAUGACUGGCAGGGCAGUGUCUAAUGUGUUCAAUGAUGUUGUUGAGCUGGAAUCUGGUGACGGCUCCCCUGGCACCAUCCUGAAGGGCCCCAACACCCGCUCCGACACAGGCCUGUUAUCUCUCUUUGAGCAUUAUGGAUCCUGCCAGGUGGGGACGUACCUGAAGACACCACGUUUCCCUAUCUGGGUGAUUUGCAGUGAGAGCCAUUUCAGUGUCCUAUUCUCUUUGAAUAAAGAGUUGGUCAGUAACUGGAAGGCAGAGCGAAGGUUUGACCUAUUCUACUACGACGGCCUGGCCAGACAGCAGGAACUUAUCAAGCUGACCAUUGACACGACAAUGAAAUACGAAAAAGGAGAAGAGGACUUAGUGCCCCCAAUGGAACACUGCAUUAGAACCAAGUGGAAAGGUUGUGUUGUUGACUGGAAUGGAACAGAACCAUUGUUAUGACAAGGGAAAACUCAUCAUAUACAACUGGAAUACCAAAGAAUAUUUCUCAUAUUUGUUGAUCUUACAGUGGAAUUGUUAAACACAGUCAUGAUCAGAGUACCAAUGUAUGAUGUUAAGAUAAACCAGGAUAGAAGUACCUGUACAGUGAUGGCAUUUACAAAUGGCUGCUGACAAGGAUACUGUAACAGGUUUUUUAUAAUAUGGAGGAUAAAGCUUACAGUUAUAUAGAACACCGGUGACUCAUCAGGGUCUAGGAUCAUCAGAACAAAUAGCUUUAAUAUUAACUAUAAAGCCAUGGAUAUGAAAUGCUGUUUGUAAAAUGAAGCAGAAAUUAGCAAUACAGAACCCUGUGAUACAUAACAAACAAUACAAAACCCUGUGUUACAAAACAAGCAAUACAGGGUCCUGUGUCAUACAAAACCAAGUCUGUGAUACAGAAUCCUGUGUGUCAUUCAAAAUAUAAUCAAACCUCCACAAUAAAGAACCCUGUGUGUUAUACAAAAUCGACCCUCAACGAUGCAGAACCCGGUGUCAUUCAAAAUCAACCAUGUGUAACCAAACAGACUUAACAGGACUCCUUGUAUCAUAUUCAAUUAUGGAAUACAUGUACCCUGCUGAGUUUAAUACUGGAAACCAAGUCAGUAAUACUGGAACCUGUUUGUCAUACAAAACAAAGUCAGUGAUACUGGAAUCUGAAUGUCAUACAAAACCAGGUCAAUUAAUAGGACCCUGUGUAUCAUACCAAACCAAGUUAAAAAUGCAGAACCCUGUGUGUCAUACAAAACAAACAAUACAGGACCCUCUGUUAUUUAAAACCAAGUCAGUGAUUCUGGAUCCUGUGUCAAAUAAAACUAACAGUCGGUGGUACAAAAAUUGUAGAAGACCCUGUGUAUCAUACCAAACCAAGUCAACAAUACAGGCCCCUGUGUUAUAUAUAUUAGUCAACAAUACAGGACCCUGUGUUAUAUAUAUUAGUAAAACAAUACAGGACCCUGUGUUAUAUAUAUACAUCAGUCAACAAUAAAGGCCCCUGUGUUAGAUAUACACAUUAGUCAACAAUACAGGCCCCUGUGUUUCAUACAUAUACAUCAGUCAACCAUACAGGACCCUGUGUCAUACAAGCCAACAGUUAAUGAUAUAGGACCCUGUGUAUCAUGCAUAUAUAUCAGUUAACAAUACAGGGCCCUGUGUGGCAAAUAACACUACCGGGAUAAGUCUAUGAUCAAAACCCUGUGUGAUAUACAAAACCAAUAGUCAAUGAAAAAGAAUUAUAAUCAUACAAAACAUAACAAUACUUAAGUAAUGCCAUACACCAGUCAUAUAACAUGAUGUAUGUGUAUGAUUUAUAACAAUGAAGUAUGUACAUACAAUUCAACAGAAAAUAGUGUCUUUGUGUAUGUAUUGGUACAAAAUUUAACUUGUAAGAUCUAGAUCUAUACCCGGUAUAUAAUUAUGAGAAGCAAUACUAAGUGUGAUUAUUCAAUAGAAGGUUAAAAAUAUAGAAUGUAAUAAAUGUACAUUUAUUAUUAUACAGCAAUACAACAACCUGCUGAACUAGAUAUAAAGCAAUUAAUCGUUGGUGCUUCAGUUGAGUACUGAAGAAUUAUAAGACUCUAUGAGCAAUAACUUGUUAACACAGGGGUUUGAAGCGUUCCUUUUACCCAGAAUGAAAUUUUUAUCCCAGGGUCUGACCCCAACACAGAUCUGUGGUUUAGCUGCUGUGGUUAAUAUUUCACUCUGGGUCAUAGGAAUGUGUCAAGUCCCUAUGGUUAUCAAAAGUUUGAUUUUCUUACUGUGAAAUCAAGUACAUUGUACAUUUGAUCAAUGAUACUGACCCUUGUGCCAAUAUACCAGUAUCAUCUUGCUGCAGAGGGUUGACCGAUACUUGGGGUAAAAUGUUAUCAUCAUUUGAUAUUGGAUUGAUUAAUUAUACCUGUCCAUAAUGAUAUUCAGGGGGAAACUUUACUUGGAUUUACUGUCAAAUAUUUUUACAAUAAAUGAGAGUGCAUUGGUUACAAAUAGAAUUUAACCCUGUUGUUUUAGGAGUUUUAUAAUCUUUAUUGAUAUUGGAUUUGAUUCAGUUGUUAUUUUCCCUUACUCUUUAUUGAAAUGUAGUACAGUCAUAUUCUAAUUAUAUAAGAUUUCACCAUAACUUGCUAACACUAGUAAAUGAAAUAUGAUAUGCAUCCAGAGCAUGCAAAAGAACAUGAUAUUUAGAAAUGUUUAUUUCAAAAGUUGGCUGGACAUAUAUAAAAGUUAACCCCAGGGAUAGGAGAUCAAAGUUUACUAUGGUAAUGGGUCCUCUAGUAGUCCAUGUAGAUUGUCCAGGUGAAAUAUUAUUAUUGUAUGCUUUUUCACUGAUACUGAUCGAUGUGUUCAUCCAUGUAAAUAGUAAUAAGUAAUGUAAUUUGUGAUGUGAGAAUCUGAAAGAAUUAUAAUGAAAAUAUAAUGAUUUCCAUCUUUUACAUUAACUUUUAAAUUAGAGAGCUGUAUUUAUUUUAUUUAAAAUUUAUUAAUUAUUGCUUAUAAGAUCUAAGUGUUGCCAAUUAAUGUUUGCUCUAUAUGCUACAUCUAUAUAUGCUACAUGUUUUGUAGGGCCGAAGUGUUGCCAAUGUAUUUACAUGCUGUAUUUUGACUCCCUGUUUUUUCAGUUGACCUUGAAGGUCAUGUGAUGUAUGCAAAAAAGUAUGGGUGCCAAAUAUGUAAACACACUAUUAUAAUGCUCUUCAAACCAGAGUGCCGUCCAAUCUCACUCAGAGUAGAAUAUAUCAUUCUCCUCAGACAGAGCUGAUGUAGUUAUUACAGACUCUUUGUGGUGUGUGUGUUAGAACUCGUUUGUGUUCUUGUUGAUGAAUUUUUAGAAGUUGUUGUUGUAUAGUUAUCAUCAAUUAUGUGAAUGAUGUGUGAUGUCACCAAAUGUUGUGUAGUAGAAAUGUGCAUGUAUUGAAUGUAUUAUGUCACGAAAAGUGUGAAGUUUAAGAUGUAAUUAAAGUUAUCUUGGAUAUAUGUGUUUGUGAUCAAAUAAGUUACUAUUUGAAUGUGAAAUAAAAAUGAUGUUGUUUGAAAUAUGUGACUGACUUGACUGUGAAGCUACACUUGGUCAAAACAUGUACUUGACUUAUCCCCUUUUCGUACAGCUAGGCUAUAUAUAUGUACAUGUAUGUAGUGUACUGUUGACUUUGCAUGUGUUUAUAUCAAAAUCAGAAUAUCUUCCUUUUGUCUUUGCUUUGUACAAGAUGUAAUUAAUAUUUAAUUAGAUAUUGCUAAAUUAUGUCACAAAAUGUUGCUGAAAAGGUGAUAUUGUUUAGAUAGUUAUAUUAUUUCAAAUCUUCAAAUAAAAUAUUAUACCCAAAGAAAAACUUUAUUCAAAACCUGUACAGUAAUAUCUGUGGAGAUUUGUAUGUGAUAAAAUAAUAUGGAACAUAUGCUGGUUUCAUAGGUUGGGGUUGUGAUGAUGACUUCUACAAGCUUUAUGAUGUAGAGUCAUCUUCAAGUGCCCAGUCAAUGUAAAUGUGAAAUUUAUUUAUUUCACAACAAUUGCGAAACAAGCUAUACUAACCGAUAUUAUAAUCGCUGUAGUUGGCCCGAUUGAAGUAACCGAAGGGUCUUACUGUGAGGAAACAGGAGUAGCCAGGGAAACCCACAUGGUUCGGCAGGUGACCCGCCCAUUUUUUCACAUCUGAUUGGUAAUCAAACUCCUGGCACCUACUAAAGUGAAAAUUAAUUAGACAUUUGAGUGUUUUACCAAUGUGCCACCUAUUAUUAUACUUAUAUAUAACAUACAAUCUCAGGAGGAUAAUAUUCUCAUGUCUGGUUAGUGUCUUAUGUUAAAUUCUGAAUAUCAGGUAUUAGUAAGAGAGACUCAAAGUUAUUAAUACCAUUGUGAAAUAAUUGUACAAAUUGUACAUCUUAAAAGUUAUAUAGUAUACUAGUAGUCAUAUUGUAACACAGGAUGUAUAUUUUCCAGGGGGGUAUGUGCUGUCUUGUCGUCUGGACUCCCAACAUCUCGGAUAAAACACAAAUAAAAUUGUAAUACAUGUAUGUCAUUAGGGUGGAAAAAAUGUAAGUUCAUUUUGAGAUGUACAGUGUAUAUCUAAUGCACAAAUGAAAUAACGGUACACUUAAUUAUUUCGUAGAUUAACUGCAUGGACAUAUUGUCUAUAUAUUACACUGAAUUUUAUCUAAGCUUUGCCUAUUGUUUUGGUAAAUUAACUAGACAUUGACAUUCACUAGACUUUGUCUGCAUUAUACUGACAUUUGAUAUUAAUUAGUAGAAAUACUAAGACAUUAUUACAUUAGAAAGGCAAAAUAUACAAGAAAAUUCUCCAUAUUAUAUGUCUUAAUGUUCACAAAUUAAAGAGACAUUCUCUCUCUACAUGUAUAUUGACAAAUUGACUGAGAAAUAGCGCUAUAUUCUAUAUUUUAUUGACAAAUCUGUGCUAUAUAUUUUACAAAAUGUUCAUUUAAAGUCAUUUUAUUGUAUGUGAAGAGUUUACAAAACUAUCUCAUAGAUAAUAAAAUUGAAAGGAAAAAUUGUUGACUUUCCUUGUGGAACUGACAUAUCAGCACUUUUUUGCACUGUAAUAGUAUGAAUAAACAAUUAAAAUAUCAA